CAGUUGUUUUGCUUGUAGUCCCAGGAGGCCACGAACGUCAAUGCUGUUCUGAAGGCAAAAACCAAGGGGUUCCUCAUUAUAGGCAAGGAUGGUGGAGUGCUCAGGUUUUGUUGCCUUCUUCAUGACACCAUCUAUCAACUGAGCAACCUCUCCAUGUCACUGCAGAGGUCAGUGUCAACCAUGGCUGAAGCUCAGAGCUGCCUUUCCUCCACUCAGGCUGUCAUAGAAAAGUACAAGUCAAGACCUGGGCCUAAGCUGAGAGCAGUGCUGGACACAGACACCUAUGAGGGAGUCCUCCUGAAGCCUACUGAUGUCGACCGGCAUGACAAGGCAAAGAAUGAACUAAUCGAUUCUCUGUAUCGGAUCUGCAUCACUGAUAGAUUCAGUGAUGUGAACAGUGGUUUCCUGCAGGCUAUGCGGCUGACCAGUUUCCAGUACUGGCCAGAGGCAGACACAAGUUCAGAUUUUGGUGAUGAAGAGGUAAACACACUCAUCAGUCUCUUCAGACCUCUUUUACUGUCUGCUGGAGUGGAUGUGGAGUUGAUCCCUGAUCAAUGGACAAUUCUCAAGACUGAACUGUACAAAGCAGGAUUCAGCCAAGGAAACUUUGAGAAGACCUGGCCUACUGUGAACAAAAUGCUGCGCCAUCGGUGUCCUGAUGUCCUUGAUCUUUUUGAUGCUCUCCUGACCAUCCCUGCAACUACAGCUGACUGUGAAAGAGGGUUCCUUGAGAGAGUGGUAAAGAGUGACUGGCGCUCAUGCCUAAAAGGUGAAACCCUCUCUGACCUCCUUAAAACCCAGUUCUGCUCACCUGACAUCAAAGACUUUGAUCCAACCAAAGCCAGUGAGAUCUGGCAUGCUGACAGUUUGCGCUCACGCAGGCCUGACUUUGUACGCAAACCUGGACUAAAAGAAACAGAGGGUGGCUGAGAUUCUGAUGGCACCACCUCUGAAGAAGAAGAGCUCAGAAGACAUAUUAUUUGAUAGAUAGAUAGACCCCAAACUUGUAAUUAAAUGUUUGCACUUUCUGUGUAUAUUUUGUUGUAUGUAUUGUACUUCUAAUUAUUUUUAAUACCAACGAUGUUAAUAAAAUCUAUUCUAUACUAUUCUGACCUCAUCUGCUCCAACAAAAGAAACUCCAGGUCUCUCUUCUCAAUAAUCCAAAAUACUUUUAAUCCCCUUGAUUCCCUGCCAGUGAUUCAAAUGAGACUUAUAAUUCAAUAAUUAUCUUUUUUUAAUAAAAAAAUCAACUCCAUUCACUGGCAAUUACAUUUGACCCCCUUGCCUUCCCCUCCCCUUUGCCCCUCCCCAAUAGCCAGUCAUUUUGCUGCUUUCUUCUGCCCGCCCCCUCCGAAAUUUCUGAUUUCAUCCGUAAAUCCAAGUCCUCAACCUGUUCUCUUGAUCCCCUCCCCACAGCUCUGGUCAAAACCUGUCUCACUUCCCUCCUCCCCUUCAUAACUUCCAUUAUUCAUUCCCCUCUGGUAUUAUAAAACUGCAUCUGUCUCCCCAAUUCUGAAAAAAACUGGCUAAGAUCCCACUAACUAUAAUAAUCUUCGUCUCAUCUCAAAUCUUCCCUUUAUUUCUAAAAUACUUUAAAAAAAUAGUUUGUUCAACUCCACACCUUUCUUACCCUUAACAGUCUUUACGAACCUUUCCAGUCUGGUUUUCGCCCCUCCCAUAUUACUGAAACUGACCUAAUAAAAAUCACCUAUGAUCUCCUCA